AUGCCUAUUCGACCGGCCAACUUCGCAGACCUGCUGCCGGCAGCACAUGUCUGCGCAAAAGCAUUCUUCGACGAAGAUCUAUUCGGCCAACGAAUCCACCCACACAGAUCAGCGUUUCCAGGAGACAUGUACCUAUUCUUCCUACGACAGCUACGAACAGAUUUCUUCGACGGCCACACCAGAAUCAUCGUUUCCCAUCUCAAGGACAACCCCGCAACUAUAACUGGUGUUGCAGUUUGGACGCGCAAAGGACCCGGUGGAGCUCGUCUGUCUGCUUCUCAAUCUUGGUCUGCGUGGUUCACUGGCCGUUUCAUCAUCCCCAUCUACAACUCGCUCAGCACCCUCUUCCAUCCCAACCGCGCUGCAGAUCCCUCUCAACUCGACGUCCUCGAGCGCGCGGGCCCAUUCACAGAACACUACUGGAAAGUGCCCGAACGACUCGAAAACUGGUACUUGGCUCUCUUGGGCACGGGGCCCGAGUACCAAGGUCAUGGCUUCGGCAAAGAAUUGCUGAAAUGGGGCAUUGAGAGAGCCGAGGAAGAAGGCAUUUGUGUCAGUUUGGUGAGCGCGAAUAACAAGGAUGGGUUUUAUAAGCGGUAUGGGGUUGAUCAGGAGGUUGGGUGGGCUAGUGAGGGUGGAGAGGAUAAUCCGCUGCAUGAUAUUGCUGGGGGUAUGAUUUUGUUUUCCAAGAGGUUUGGGAAGAAGUGA